UCUCCCUCUCUCGCGCCUGCUGCUUCCGCAGAGCUUUCGUGUGCUGCCAGGCGGCUCGAUGCAUGUUCUAUUUUUUUCUCCCACUCGAGGAUCUGCUUUGAUCUGGGGGUCACAGGUGUUCUGUCGGAUUGUGGCCAAGUCAUGCACUGAUUGUCUGGUCUUUUUAAAACCUUCGGAUUGGUCGACAGCCCUGAGACCAGAAGCACUUCCCGUAUAUCGAAACCAAUCUGGAUCUCCUCGCACUCUUGCGGGGACCUGGAGUGCCGGACAGAAGAACUGAACUGGCAGAAUUGGCCGACUUGGCCGCAUCUGUUGUGGUUUUGAGUCUGGGAGCUGAAGUUGAGUAAACUUGCGAGGAAUUUUCUCGGAGGACGCUCAUCUCCUUCUCGUUUUGUCAGCUAUAAACUGGGCUGGGGAACUCAGUGUCUGCGAGACAGGUGUAGGGUGCCCGUGGUAGAACCAAUAAUCGCCACCAAAUUUUACUGCACUUGUUAAGGUCCGGAACUGCUGCCCUUGAAAACUUUUGCAAACCUUUGCAGGCAAAGAUCCCGAGGCUUAGCAAUCAGACGAGGAGCCUAGGGGAGAACUCAACCCUCCAUCGGGAGCAAUGUCGGUGGCAAGCCCCGAGCCCGUGGUGAUUCCCCAACCUGCCGAAGCUCAUGCUCCGGCGCUCGACUUCGACAACUUGAAGGUCGGAGAGAAGAGUCCGGCCAAGGUCAACCAGGGAGGCUUCCUUUCCGUGGUAGUGCUCGGAGCUUCGGGCGAUCUCGCGAAGAAGAAAACGUUUCCGGCUCUUUUCAAUCUCUUCAAGCAGGGAUUCAUCCCCACAGGCGAUGUUCAGAUCAUCGGGUACGCCCGAUCGAAGCUCACGAAUGACGAACUGCGCAAACGAAUUGCAGGAAAUUUGAAACCAGGCAAGAACGCCUUGCAGGAUGGUCAGGCUGUGAUUUCGGAGUUUUUGAAAUUGAUCACGUACGUUGCGGGAGCGUAUGACAGCAAGGAGGGCUUUAUGGAGUUGGAAAAAGCGAUCGCGUCGCGGGAGAAUGUGGGUGACGGUGGAUCGUCGUCUACUCGACGGCUGUUCUAUCUGGCCCUCCCGCCUUCCGUUUACCCUCUCGUGAGCAAAAUGGUGCACGCUCAUUGCAUGAAUAAGCACGGCUGGACGCGCGUCAUCGUGGAGAAGCCUUUCGGAAAGGACCUGGCUUCAUCCGAGGAACUCAGUGGGCAGCUAGGAGAAUUAUUCACCGAGGAUCAGCUGUACAGAAUCGACCACUAUUUGGGAAAGGAAAUCGUUCAGAAUCUCCUGGUGAUGAGGUUUGCCAAUCGAUUUUUCAUACCUCUCUGGAAUAGGGACAACAUUGCCAAUGUUCAGAUCGUGUUCAAGGAGGACUUUGGCACUGAAGGUCGCGGAGGCUACUUCGACGAGUAUGGAAUCAUUCGAGAUAUCAUCCAGAAUCAUCUGCUGCAGGUGCUAUGCUUGGUGGCCAUGGAGAAACCCGUUUCUGUCAGCCCUGAACAUAUCAGGGAUGAGAAAGUGAAGGUCCUGAAGGCGGUGCAGCCGAUCAAGGACGAAGAUGUUGUCAUCGGUCAGUACGAAGGCUAUAAGGAUGAUGAAGGUGUUCCUAAUGAUUCCAACACGCCCACCUUCGCCACGGUGAUCGUCCACAUCAACAACGAGAGAUGGGAUGGUGUGCCCUUCAUUAUCAAAGCGGGCAAGGCGUUAGACUCUCGCAAGGCAGAAAUCCGGGUGCAAUUCAAGGAUGUUCCCGGGGACAUUUUCAAGUGCAAAAAGCAAGGGCGUAACGAAUUCGUCAUGAGACUGCAACCUUCGGAAGCCAUGUACAUGAAGCUCACGGUCAAAAGACCUGGGUUGGACAUGGCUGGUACACAGAGCGAGCUCGAUCUCUCAUACCGUGAACGGUACCAAGAUAUUGUGAUCCCCGAGGCCUACGAGCGAUUACUGCUGGACACUAUUCGUGGUGACCAGCAACAUUUUGUCCGAAGAGAUGAGUUGCGGGCAGCUUGGGAGAUUUUCACCCCUCUGCUUCACCGAAUCGACUGUGGCGAAUUCAAGUGCUUGAACUACGCUUCUGGAGGACGGGGUCCUCCCGAGUCGGACGAUUUGAUCUCUCGCGCAGGUUAUGUCCGAACGCACGGCUAUGUCUGGAAGCCUCCGACUCUGCAAUCCGGCAUGUAAACAAGUGUCCUCAGGCUCCGAGGUUCGCACGUCGCCAUUGUGUCACUGAGCAACAUAUGCUGAUACUUAUCGAUAUUCUUUUGCCCCUUCGAUGAGUCUCAUCGAGUGACACAAUACAAAUCUCAUCUGCACCGUACAGCUAUCAAUAACAUCCAUACGCUUAUCUCUUGAUGUGUGGCUCAAGAAAUUCUUGGGUAAGGAAAUGGCAGUUUUGUAAAAAAUUAUGCAGGAGAUAACUUCUAGAUCUCCGACAUGGCUUAGGACGUGCAGCGUUCCCGAAAAUCGUGUAGUUUUAGAACUUACUCAAAUGAUGUAGUCCCAGUCGAGCCGACCGACAUCUUUGUAUAUUAUAGCUGACGUGGUUAUAGAGGGCAAACUAAUAAAACCGCGGCGUUUUUUCGAAGUCGCUUUCAAC